ACCAAAAGUAAUCAACACAAAGGAAAAGGAGGAGGAGAAAUAGAGAUGGAGUUCUUCCUUUGACACUCACUCCAUUCAUUACUAUUUAUCUCCUUCCUCCCUCCAGCUUUUCUUCUCAUCUUCUUCGACGUAUGAAGAGGCACAGAGGAUUCAGAUUGGGGCGGUGCCUCGGCCGAGUGUGGCGCCGCCUCUUCCGCCGCCGGCAUAAACACUACCUCCGCCUUGACCGCGCCGCCGGAUCCUUCUUGCAAUCGAGCCGCCUCUCGCAGACCUCGAAAACUACCUCAAAGUUCCGCCAUUGGGGCCUCCUCCUCACCCGCCGCUUCCGCCGGAAUCAAACCGGCGCGGAGGCCACGCUUCUGGCGGAGGAGCCAGAGGGCGGGCCGACCCCGAAGGGACACCUGGCCGUGUACGUCGGGUGCGAAAGGUACACGGUCCCGGUGAUCUACUUCAACCACCCUCUCUUCGGGGAGCUGCUGCGGGAGGCGGAGGAGGAGUUCGGGUUCCACCACACAGGCGGCAUCACUCUCCCCUGCCCCACCGCGAGGUUCGAAGACGUAAGGAAUCGGAUCGCCGCCGACAGCGACAGAUCCCGCCGUCGGAGCUAGCUUCCCAUGCCAUGCUGAUGCUGGAGUUCCUCUCCUCUUCGACAUCGUACUCAUCUCUCUUGUAACGCAGCUUCAUUAUAAUUUUGGAUGAAUCGACUACAACAAGAAACUUCCUGAUAUUUUUUAGUAUUAUUUUCCAUCUUACUUGUGUCACAUUUCCAAUCAACAAAACAAAAACAUGAGAAGCUCAAGUGCUUCUUGACGACAGAGUAGACAAUAAGCUCUCAACAGGCCUCUUAGCGCAUUCUUCCAGCUACGGCGGCGGCCAAGUGAAGGAGCUGUACAAAUUCGGAUGCCUCUUAGCGCAUGCUGACAGGUGAGUGGGUGAGAUAGACAAUCAGGCAGAGAAGCAGGGAAAGGCCCUCAUAGGCUUGGCGGCGGCGGCUGCGGCGGCGCCAAACAUAUAGAUAGAUAGAUAUUGCAAAUUGUAAGACUACGACCA